AACUUUUGCAGCCACAUGGCCUACGGCCUGCGGACGCAUAACCGUGACCAUCCCGAGGACCAGAUGACGGUGAUCGACCUUGUCCAGCUGGUGCAGCAGCCUCCUGACAACUUGGAUGCGCUCUUGGCUCACGCGGUAAAUUGCUUCCAGGCCCUGAACGUGUGUGCAAGAACGUUGAGGUUAUCUUCCAUCGACUACACCUAUACCGUUGAUGAGAUGGACCUCCUAUCGAGACCUCCUCCCACUGGUGCAGGUUUACCCAACACGAUUGCGGGGCCGCCCCCCGAGUUGGCGAACCUGAAGGCCCAGCGCGUCCUCUUUCCCAACCGGCUGCUGGUAGGGCUACGCCCACCGCGCGUCGCCGGACUUUACGGAGCAAGGCCCAAAGAGGACCAGGGCUACUCCGGCGCCAUCUACCAGACCUACCACAUCGUCUGA